UAGUUUUCAUCCAUCAAUUACGCUUUUACUCGUUGUUUUGGAGGUAAUAUUGUAAACAUGGCUUCUUCUUCUCUUUCUUUGGUAAUCCCCCUCAAAGAAAAGCAUGAGUUUCAAGAAAAAUACGAUGUGUUCCUGAGUUUCAGAGGUGAGGACACUCGCAAUAUAUUUGCUAGUUAUCUUUAUGAAGCUUUAUGUGCAAACCAAAUUUUGACUUUCAUGGAUGAUCAUGAACUUGAUAGAGGUGAUGAAAUUUCACCAACACUUCGCAAAGCAAUUCAGGAUUCCAAGAUUUCAAUAAUUAUUUUUUUGAAAAUUUAUGCUUCAUCCACAUGGUGUUUGGAUGAACUUGUGCACAUACUUGAAUGCAAGAAAAAAUUUGGACAGACUGUUGUGCCAAUCUUUUACAGCAUAGAUCCAUCGGUUGUACGAAAACAGAAUGGGAGUUAUGAAGUUGCAUUUGCUCAACUUGAACAACGUUUCAAGUCCAAGGAUGGAAUGGAGAAGGUGAAACAAUGGAGGGCUGCUUUAACAGAAGCAUCCAAUCUAUGUGGGCCUGAGGCCAAGUUAGUUCAAAGAAUUGUUGAAGAUAUUUCAUUGACACUGCCGAAACAUGAUCUGUCUUCAAAUGAUCAUUUCAAGAGGCAUCUUGUUGGAAUAGAAAAAAAUAUCGAGAAAAUCGAACCACUAUUAUGCAUUGACCCAACACAUGCUCGCAUUAUAGGUAUUUGGAGCAUGGGAGGCAUUGGGAAAACCACCCUUGCUAGUGCUGUAUUUCAAAGGUUAUCAAAUUCUCAGUUUGAAGGUUGCUCUUUUCUUUCCAAUGUGAGGGAAGAGUACGCAAGACAUGGACCAGAUCAUUUGAGAAAGAAGCUCCUUUCUGAAUUAUUAAAUAUUGAUCAUGAUAUUUUAAAGAUGGACACUCCAUUUGUAGCAUCACCUUAUAUUCUUAGCAAACUUCGUCGGAAGAAGGUACUAAUGGUUCUGGAUGAUGUGGAUAGUUCGAUCCAAUUGGAAGCUUUAGUUGAAGGAUACGAUCAGGUUGAGCACCGAAAUGUGCAAGUGCUCAAUAAAGUUGCUGAUAAUAUUUACAAGGUUGAGGGAUUGAGGCAUAUUGAAUCUCUUGAGCUCUUCCAUUUGCAUGCUUUUGGAAGAAAUUCUCCUUCAAUAGAUGACGAAAUACUAUUACGAAAGGUGGUAAGUUAUGCAGAUGGAAAUCCAUUGGCUCUUAAGGUCUGGGGUUCUUUCCUUAAUUCCAAAAGCAAAGAAGAGUGGGAAAGUGCAUUAAAUAAACUGCAAAUGUUUCCAAACAAGGACAUUACAAAUGCUCUAAGGAUCAGUUAUGAGGGAUUAGAAGAUAAAGUGAUCCAAAGUAUAUUUCUUGACAUUGCAUGUCUAUUUAAUCAGUCUUUCUCUAGAGAUCAUGCAGAAAGCAUGUUAGAUGUUGGUGAUUCCUUUGUGAAAAUACGAAUAAGUGUUCUCAUUGAUAAGUGUUUAAUUGAAAAUAAUGAAACUCGAAGAGACAAUGAGCUGCGGAUGCAUGAUUUAUUGCGCCAAAUGGGUCAGACCAUUGUUCGUGAUGAACAUAAAGACCUUGGUAACCGUAGUAGGUUGUGGGAUGCUAAAGAUAUUUGUGAUAUACUGGAAAGAAAUAUGGGAACUGAAACAGUUGAAGGGAUAUCAUUCAAUAUGUCUAAAAUCAUCAGAGAUGUAAAUGUUUGUCGUGCAGCCUUCUCAAAUAUGUGCAAUCUACUGGGAUUUGUACCUUUGAAAACGUUGCCAUCAAAUUUUAAUCUCAGAAAUCUUGUUGAACUGAUACUAUGUGACAGCAAUAUUCAAAAACUUUGGAAUCGUGAAGCUCAGGGUCUUCCGGUGUUAAGAAGGAUGGAUCUUAGUUAUUCCAAGCUCCUCACAAAAAUACCAGAUCUGUCUCAGCUGGCUCCGAAUCUGGAAAGUAUAAAUCUUGAAUGCUGUUCAAGUUUGGUUCAGGUUCUUCCAUUCGUUCAAAGUUUUCACAAGCUUACUAAUCUAAAUUUGAACGGUUGCUCCAAACUUAGAGAAUUUAAAGAGAUAUCAAGGAGCAGAUGGUAUUUGGAUCUUGUAAAUUGUGGAGGCAUUAAGAAUUUUCUGAGCAACAAUUGUCAGCAGAAGUUGACAUUUCUCAAAAGUUUUACAAACAAUAUUUCGUCUCUCUCCUCAUGUGGAUCCUACAGUUGCCAAAAGUUUCCAGUGAAUUUAAUAGUUUUACAUUUGCGAAGUUUACCAAUAGAAGCAGUGCCCUUAUCAAUUGUGAGUCUCUCUGGUCUUGUUGAAUUAGAUUUCGGUGAAUGCAAAAGACUUAAAAGUCUUCCAACCAGCAUUUGCAAGCUGGAAUCUCUUGAAUCACUAGAUCUACGUUAUUGUAGCAAACUUGAAAAGUUUCCUGAAAUCUUAGAGCCUAUGGAACACUUAACAAAUCUUACCAUAUCCAGAGCAGGAAUUAAAGAGUUGUCGAAGUCCAUUGAUAAUCUAAUUUCCCUUAAAGCAUUGACUGCACAAUCUUGCAAGGAAAUUGAGUUUCUCCCAAACAAGUUGUGUGAUUUAAGGAAACUUACAUCUUUGUACCUCGAAGGUUGUUCAAAACUUCAAAAAUUGCCUCCCCUUCUAUUGGAUAUUAUAUGA